AUGUUCCAUUCACCUUAUUCGCCUGCGUCGAAGUUCAGUGACUCCGCCGCCGACCGACUAACUCCUCAGACACGUCAUCGGUGCGCUCAUGCCGCCGUUUCAUCACCCGCGGCCUAUGUGGUUGUUAAAAUUCUGUCGGUGCUCGGCGGCGCGCCGCUGCGACCUCGUUUCGCGAGGGAGCGACGCGCGGCCCGUGCAGCGUUAUGUAAAGUGCUGAGACGGACGGUGCAGCGACGAGCGUUGCGCUCACCGCUCAGCCGCGUGAGCCCUCCCCCUCCCCCGCUCCGCCGUCGUCUCUCUUUGCGAUUUCGUCCGCCGGUUUCACCGACGAGAGCUACGGCGGUGCGGGGAUCCGGAGGUCGCGUGCCUCCCGCCGCCUCCUCCCUCCGAGGCGGUGAGCACAGCACAGCGCUCCGCUCAGUCGUCGAGCGGAGUGCGUCGACGCCGGUUGGCCUUUCGCCCCGGUUGUCGCCUUGCUCUAUACACUCGGUCGGUUGUAUAUCGCGCGAGGCAUCCGUCGUCCGCGCGGCCGCUAUGUGA